AUGUACAAAGUUGUGCACCCUGCCAGACCCAAAAGUGUGGAACUAAGUCUGAAAACCCCCAAGAAUUCUGACAGUUCGGGAAAUGAACACAAUUCAUUCAGCCAGCCAGUUCAUAAGGGAAAUACUGCCACCAAAAUCUCCUUAUUUGAAAACAAGCGGAUGAACAGUACCCCCAAACACUCCGACGUUCGCAGCACAAGGAGCAUCCCUCCUUCCAAUAAGACGUUUGUUGGGAGGGCAAAGCUGAAUUUAGCCAAGAAAGCCAAGGAAAUGGAGCAACUUGAAAAGAAAACAGUGCCAAACAGCCAGCAGAAUGGGGUGCUGGCGAAGGACCCCCCUGCAGAAACCAGAGCUCCUGUUCUCCCAGUGGCUGGAGGAGCUGGCCAAGAGCUCCCUGAGGGCCAAGCCCUGACUCCGCAGCCUAACCAAGGUGACAAAGCAGAUGUGCAGACAAAUGCUGGCUGGGUUUCAGAACCAGAGGCCCCUACCAUCACGGACCCCAUGCCCUCAGGAGAGGACGACUCAGAGGCUGCAGGCAGCAAAAGACUUGAACUCAACACAGCUCAGGAUGGCUCUGCCAUUGUUGAUGCCAAAGAUUCUCCUCCAAAGCCACAGGAUGUGUUCUGUGACUCACAGCCCCCAGCUGAGUCAUGCCAGGGGCCUUCUCUUCCCCUUGUGGACAGUCCCCAAAAUGGGUGUGCUCAAGUUCCUAUAAGCCACUUGUGCCCUGACCUCCAAGAGUCAGAAAGCCAUAAUGGAUGUACCUUGCCUUCAUCUCCUUACAUUGAGAAAGUGCCACUCUCUGCAGGUACAGGGGGAGAAGACAACCAUCCUUUGUCCCCAAAGCACAGCCUAGAAGCUGUGGGACCUGAGGCUCCAUCCAAGGUCCUUGUACAGGUCAGGUCCUUCGUGCUUCCUGCAGAGAGCACCCAAGACGUGAGCUCCCAGAUCAUCUCAGAAAGCUCUGAAGUUAGAGAAGCACAGUUGCCGAGUUGCCACAGUAAUGAACUUGAAGUGGUUUCUGUUGCAAGUUGUGAUCCUCAGCAAGAGGAAGUAGCGGGUAACAAGAGCACCUCGCCCACAGACGCUCCUCACAUAGAGGAACGUGUGGCAGAGCCAGGCUCACACAUCAUGCCGCCGGAAUCUGCAAGAUCUCUGACCACUCCUGCUCCAAAUCACAGCAGCAGGGUUCCCCUGCCUGCGGAGGCCAGCCCCACCAACUCUCCCCAAACCAGAAAUCAGUCAGAAACGCCUCCAAGGCCAGAUGAAAAUGUGGUGAAUGGCCAGGAUAGUCCUGCAAGUCAUUUGAAUGUUUCUGCCACUAGUGAUGAUAGUGUCUUUGAUUCUUCUUCUGAUAUGGAAAAGUUCACUGAAAUCAUCAAAAAGAUGGACAGUGUAGUUUGCGUGCCCCAGAAAAAGAAGAAGGCCAGGAUGCCCAACUCUCCUGCCCCUCACUUCGCCAUGCCUCCUAUUCACGAGGAUAAUCUAGAAAAGGUGUUGGAUCCCAAUGUGUUCACCUUUGGUUUGGGGAAAAAGAAGGAGAGCCUGCCAGAACCGCCACCAUCUUUGCAUUUGAUGGACAACCUGGAUCCCAAAUCUAAACUGAGACCCAAACGUGCCUCCGCGGACCAGAGUAUCCUCUUCAAGUCCUUGCACCCCAAUGCUGGCGGGAAAAGCGAGUCUCAGGCAACCCCUGAAGUCAGUGACAAGGGGAGCAGGGAUGUCAGCAACGGGGGAGUGAAGAGAUCAAGGCUAGAGAAAAGCACUCUCUUCUCAAGCAUGUUGUCUUCCUUGCCACAAGAUAAGGUCUUUUCUCCCUCGGUGACGUCAGUCAAUACGAUGACCACAUCUUUUAGCACGUCGCAAAACCCUUCUCUCUCAUGUUCUUCAGGGGCGCAGCCCAGGAUGGAAGGUGCCCCGCCCUGUGCCUCAGACAAAGAGCAGCCCCAUCUGGCACCCCACAACUCCAUACAGGUCUUCAACUUCACCUCGUCCAGUCCAUCUUGUUCAGGCUUGAAAAGUUCAAGCCACAUGGAAAAAUACCCACCCAAAGAGGAACACAAAGAAGAGCUGAAUUCCCGGAGCAACCUGCACUUGCCAGAAAUGAAGUUUUCUGAAGUUUCCAAGCUGAGGAACCAUGAGGGUAUUGAAAAGGCUAACCAUGUGGAGAGUGUUCUUAAGCCCCACUUGCCAAACCACGGAAACAGUGACACUGACUUCAUCGGUCUUUUCAAGCCAAGCCGCUAUGACCCAGCCAUUUCUUUCUCUGGAAUGUCAUUAUCAGAUCCAGCGACACUUAGAGGAAGCUUACAAAGUAAACUUAAUCCCAGACCAGGGAAGGUAGUAAUAUUCAGAGAGCCUGAAGUCUCGGAGGAGUGCAUCGAGGUGUUUGGAAACAUAAAGGACUGCACCUCCUGGAGCCUCUCUCCAGUGAUCCUCGUCAAAGUGGUUAGAGGAUGCUGGAUUUUGUAUGAGAAACCAAAUUUUGAAGGACACUCUGUCCCCCUAGAAGAAGGCGAAGUAGAACUCUCUGGUCUUUGGGGUGUGGAAGAUAUUUUGGAAAGAAACCAGGAAACUGAGUCUGAUAAGCCUGUGGUAAUUGGUUCACUCAGACAUGUAGUCCAGGAUUACAGAAUUAGUCAAAUUGACUUAUUUACUGAGCCAGAAGGGUUAGGACUCCUUAACUCCUACUUCGAUGACACUGAAGAAAUGCAGGGCUUUGGUGUAAUGCAGAAGACUUGUUCCAUUAAAGUGCACUGGGGCACAUGGCUGAUUUACGAAGAACCUGGGUUUCAAGGUGUUCCUUUCAUCCUCGAGCCUGGCGAAUACCCUGACUUAGCCUUCUGGGAUACAGAAGAAGCGUACAUUGGAUCCAUGCGGCCUCUGAAAAUGGGUGGCCGUAAAGUUGAAUUCCCUACAGAUCCAAAGGUAGUCAUUUAUGAAAAGCCUUUGUUUGAAGGAAAAUGUAUGGAGCUAGAAACAGAAAUGUGUAGUUUUAUCACAGAAGAAGGUGAAGCAGAAAAAACAACAGGAAAUGGUCAUUUACCUUUUACAUCAGUGGGAUCUAUGAAAGUUUUAAGAGGCAUUUGGGUAGCUUAUGAGAAGCCUGGCUUUACUGGUCACCAGUAUUUACUAGAAGAAGGAGAAUACAAGGACUGGAAAGACUGGGGCGGUUACAAUGGAGAACUUCAGUCUUUGCGACCUAUAUUAGGUGAUUUUUCAAAUGCACAUAUGAUCAUGUACAGUGAAAAAAACUUCGGCUCCAAAGGUUCCAGUAUUGACGUGCUAGGAAUUGUGGCUAAUUUAAAGGACACUGGAUAUGGCGUGAAGACCCAGUCUAUUCAUGUGCUGAGUGGAGUAUGGGUAGCAUAUGAAAAUCCUGACUUCACAGGAGAGCAGUAUGUUCUGGAUAAAGGUCUUUACACCAGUUUUGAGGACUGGGGAGGAAAAAAUUGUAAGAUCUCUUCUGUCCAGCCCAUAUGUUUGGAUUCUUUUGCUGGCCCACGGAGACGAAAUCAGGUUCACUUGUUUUCAGAACCACAGUUUCAAGGUCAAAGUCAAAGUUUUGAAGAGACUACAAGUCAAAUUGAUGAUUCAUUUUCAACUAAGUCUUGCAGAAUUUUGGGAGGCAGCUGGGUUGCAUACGAUGGAGAAAAUUUCUCUGGAAAUCAGUACGUGCUGGAGGAAGGACACUAUCCUUGCCUCUCUGCAAUGGGCCUCCUGCCUGGAGCAACCUUCAAGUCUCUUCGUUUUAUAGAUGUUGAAUUUUCUGAACCAGCAAUUAUUCUUUUUGAAAGAGAAAACUUCAAAGGAAAAAAGAUUGAACUUAAUGCUGAAACAGUUAAUCUCCAGUCACUGGGAUUCAACACACAAAUACGAUCUGUUCAGGUUAUUGGGGGCAUAUGGAUUACUUACGAGUUUGGCAACUACAGAGGGCGCCAGUUCCUGUUGUCUCCUGCGGAAGUACCUAACUGGUAUGAAUUCAGUGGCUGUCGCCAAAUCGGUUCUCUACGACCAUUUGCUCAGAAGCGAAUUUACUUCAGACUUCGAAACAAAGCAACAGGGUUAUUUAUGUCAACCAACGGAAACUUAGAUGACUUGAAGCUUCUUAGAAUACAGGUGAUGGAAGAUGUUGGUGCUGAUGACCAGAUAUGGAUUUAUCAAGAAGGAUGCAUCAAAUGCAGGAUCGCAGAAGACUGCUGCCUGACCAUUGUGGGCAGCCUGGUAACAUCGGGUUCCAAGCUUGGCCUGGCUCUGGACCAGAACGUCGACUGUCAGUUCUGGUGCAUGAAGUCAGAUGGAAGGAUCUACAGCAAGCUAAAACCAAAUCUGGUUCUAGACAUCAAAGGGGGUGCACAGUAUGACCAAAACCACAUUAUCCUCAACACGGUCAACCAAGAGAAGUUAACGCAAGUGUGGGAGGCCAUGGUGUUGUAAAGCUGACGAAAGAAAGUAGGAGCAACCUUUACGGGAGAGUCUUCACGGCCACCUUUUUAAAGAAGCACCGAAGGACAGUGUGCAUGGAGGAGCCCAGUGGAAAGUGGACAAACUCCUUCAGUCUUGGGUUAAUACAGCCACAACUGGGAUAAUUGUCUUUUCAAAGACUGGUAGUUUUGAACCAAUAACUUGUCCUCCUUUCAUUUCUUGCCUUUCAGUUCCUCUAAGUAGCUACUUAAACAUCAGCAACAUUUGGGUUUUUUGUUUUGAAAGAUGUUAUGUCACAACUGUACAUUUUAAAUUAUUUCCAAAGACAGUGACAGGAGGGGAAAAAGACCAGAUUCACUGACUUUGUGGACUGGCACAUCCCUUCAAAAGGAAGGACAGAAGUCAGGUGUGUAAGGGAGAAAACAGUUUACCUCUGAGAAGAAUGCUACAUUAGGCCUGUACUUUUGGUCCACGGCCUCAGCAUUUACUAGAACCAUAAAUUAUGUUGAAUAGUGAAAAGUCUUAUAUAUCCAGAGAUGGUAUAAGGAGCUCAGUAAGUAUAACAAAACACUUUUCAAUUAAUAUUAAAAUUAGGAAUUUAUGAAAUUUCAUGUUCAUGUCUGCUAAUUUUUUUAGCAGGACUUAGAUUAUUAUAACGCAUGUAUGGACUGCUCUAAAUGUCACAAGUGCCUUUUUACAGCUGCUACUGGAACAGUAUUACCAUGGCCUAAUUUAUUAGCCCUCCUUACUCAUCUACAGCAAGUACUGAACACAUGUUCUACAGUGUUUUUCCUCAGUAUCACAUCCUUCUGGUAGCACAGAGGGUUAUAACACCCCAGGGGAAAACUAGUACAGAUCCAGAAAGUACAGGAGAGCAGCCCCCUCAGGGCUGCUUGGUGGUCAAAUGUAGAGCUCUUGAGGAACCUAAAACUCUUAAGCAACUCAAGAAUGAAAAUGGGAACUUUUAACUGCUGGCAACACAUGGGCCCAUCUCUUGCUGCUCACAGGGAAUUCUAGUUUCAAACAAAACUUCUAAACAUUUCCUUGAAUAUGUUUUUCCUUAUUUUGUCCUCACCACUCAACAUUGGUGCUCCUGUCUCAGGAUUUUCAUCUUAUCUGUUAAGAGUGCAUUCCUUCUCUGGAGCCCAUGGCAGGCCCUUGUCAUCCGAAUGGUCCAGCUUUAGUUUAAAUAUAGCAUUUGCACACAUACAAAGCAUUCAGUAUGCUGUCUAGGUCUUACCUGUGUAGCUCUGAUCUUAGGCCUUUUGUGUAUAUAUAUCAUUACAAUGUAGUGGGGUAGGGGAUUCUACAGUGGUCUCUGCUGAAUCUCUCUUGAAUAAACUUCUUCUGGUUGAUAAA